GCCGCAAAGUCAUCAAUCGCAUCACGCUGUCCUUACAAUUAUUCAUACUCGUCUAGGGCCAUCACAAAUAAGCAUCAUGGCUCACCGCAUCCUCACAACCCUUGUAGUAACUGGUACCCGAGUCUUCGGCCGCGCCUUCGCAGAAGCCUACAAGCAAGCGUCCGCCAGCUCUAAAUAUGCCGCCGAAAUGAAAAAGGGGAAUGUUACGGGCGCUAGCACAUACGCCUCUAACGGACUCACGCUCGACGAAGCAUGCAAAAUUUUGAACGUGAAACCUCCCCAGGCCGGCGAGACACAGCUCGAGACCGUCAUGGAACGAUUCAAAAAAUUGUUUGAUUUGAAUGAUCCUCAGAAGGGUGGAAGCUUUUAUUUGCAGAGCAAGAUUCUGCGCGCGAGAGAACGAAUUGAGAUGGAGCUCCGCGAGACGGAGCGCAAGGCGAAAAUGGAUAAGGAGUUGAAAGAGGGCUGGAAGCCGAAGGUGUAUAAGGAUCGGUGAUUUACCACCUAUUAGCAAUUUCGCCAAUUACUCCAUUUCAUUCGAGUCGACUCUACUCGUCGACUAGAAUCCGGGCAUGAUUCCUGCCGUCGGCCCGUCUUUUACUACGAGCUCGACACGUUUUAUCAUUUACCAUCUCCAUUCUUCGUUCGUCUAUUCCGGCAUCAUAGAACUUGUACUAUACAGUGGCGAAAGACGUCCGAUCUGUUGUUUAUUCGGUUGCGGCAUAGCAUGGCGUUUUGUUGGAUUGUUUGAUCGUAUGACUGGUGCGCCGUACGGAUCUAAAUCAUAUGUGCAAAUAUAUGGCCAGUCAUCUCGACGAAUUCUUGUACUUAUAUGAUUAUAUACUUAAUGGAUACGGGCCCAUAACGGUUAGAUUAC